CUUUUGCUAUUUAUUUUCCAUUAAACACAUAUAUUAUAGUCUUUUUUUUUAGUCUUUCCUAUUAACACAGGAUUAGUUUGGAAUUAAAUUCAUUUUACUAUCAUUUAUAUCAUCCAUGUUUUUAAUUUAAACUUUAUCUGUAUACUACUCAAUUUUCAUCAGUUUGACCCUAGAAAUUUAUUUCCUUCCAAGGCCAAUCUAUAUAAACUAAUCCCCCAAUCUCUAUUUUUCUUCACAAACAAUCAACAUAUUUCUUCAAUUUUCAUUAAUGGGUUUCACUUCAUUUCUAUGUAUCAUUUGCAUUCUCAAUUUUUAUCAAUUUCUCAAAGCAGAAAAUCUUGAUGUAUACAUAGUACAUGUUGAUCAUGCACAAAUAUCCGACGAUCUCGAAACGUUUUACGAUUCGUUCUUGCCGACGAAUACUAAUUUAGCAGCUGCCUCGACCAAUAGUACUACUGACCAGCCAAGAAUAUUGUACCGCUACCGACAUGUAAUUUCCGGUUUUGCCGCCAAAUUAUCGGCAGCUGAUGUGGAAGUAAUGCGGCAUAUGAAGGGUUUCGUCUCAGCCCGGCCCGAAAGGAUGUUGCAUCUGCACACCACUCAUUCUCCCAAUUUCUUGGGGUUGAACCAAAACACGGGCCUAUGGAAAAACUCGAGCUACGGAAAGGGCAUCAUCAUCGGCAUGGUGGACUCCGGAAUCUUGCCGGACCACCCCUCGCUCGCCGACCGAGGGAUGCCGCCGCCGCCUGCAAAAUGGAAGGGCAAAUGCGAUUUCAUUUCCCGCAAAUGGGCCUGCAACAACAAGCUGAUCGGAGCUAGGUACUUCUACCACAACAGUGGAACCGAGCCACCACUGAUCGACCAAAUCGGCCACGGCACGCACACCUCCGGAAUAGCCGCGGGCAAUUUCGUCGAAGGCGCCGGAUUCUUCGGCAACGCCGGCGGCACGGCCUCCGGAAUCGCGCCGUUCGCUCACGUGGCGAUGUAUCAACCAUGCAAGUACCACAAUUGCACCGAAAGUAAUGUAGCUGCCGCCAUGGAUGCCGCCAUCGAGGACGGCGUUGACGUGCUCUCGAUGUCCCUCGGCGGUGCAUAUCUCCACCGUUUCCCCGACGAUAUUAUGGCCAUAGGAGCUUUCCGGGCCAUCGAGAAGGGAAUUGUCGUCAGUUGUUCUGCCGGAAACGACGGCCCGAAGAGCAAGUCUUUGUCGAAUGAGGCCCCGUGGAUUAUGACUGUUGGGGCCAGCACUAUCGACCGGAAGAUAGUAGCCACCGCAAUGCUCGGAAACGGGGAGGAAUUAGAGGGCGAAACGGGCACCGGUUUUCCCUCCAUCGGAAAGUUACACCUCGUUUACCCUCGAUCAUUUUACACUCGAGUGUCGAGUUGUGUUUACCGCUUCAACACCGAUGUUAGAGGAAAGAUAGUUUUGUGCGAUAGUGGUGAUCACAUAUCAAAUAGAGUUGAACAAGGAAGAACUGUCAAAAAAGCUGGUGGCGCUGCUAUGAUUCUAAUAAAUUAUAAAUCGGAUGGCGACACCACUUUUGAUGAUCCACACGUUCUUCCGGCAAUGCAAAUCGGUUACGUCGACGGCCUUAAGUUAAAAGCCUACGUAAAUUCAACUUCGAAUCCCACAGCCACAAUGUCGUUUAAAGGAACUGUUAUAGGGAGCGGUCGAGCUCCAGUAGUGCCUGCAUUUUCCUCGAGGGGUCCUAAUAAAGUGAGCCCCGGAAUUCUGAAGCCCGAUAUUAUUGGUCCUGGAGUUAACAUUCUUGCUGCAUGGCCCGUUUCUGUCGAAAAUAAAACCAACAUAAAGUCAACAUUCAACAUACUCUAUGGUACAUCAAUGUCGUGCCCGCAUCUCAGUGGGGUAGCAGCACUGCUCAAAAGCGCGCAUCCUGAUUGGUCGCCAGCCGCCAUCAAGUCCGCUAUUAUGACCACGGCCGAUCACCUCAACCUCAAAGGCAAUCCGAUCGAGAAUGAACACUUGAAGCCGGCCAGUGUAUUUGCUGUUGGUUCGGGCCAUGUUAAUCCUUCUCGGGCAAAUGAUCCGGGAUUGGUUUACGAUAUCUUGCCCGAUGAUUAUAUCCCUUAUUUGUGUGGCUUGAAUUACACCAACCAAGAAGUCGGCAUCAUUGUGAAGUGCAAGGUGGAUUGCUCGAAAAAGAAGAGCAUUCCUGAGGCUCAAUUGAAUUAUCCAUCAUUUUCGAUAAUAUUUGGAUCAACUCCUCAAACUUAUACGAGAACAUUGACCAAUGUUGGCAAGGCUAAUUCAUCAUAUGAUGUCGAGAUUGUUUCGUCCCACGGUGUUAAUGUGAAAGUGGAACCUCAUAAACUCGUGUUUCCAAAGUUGGGCGAUAAAUCGAGCUAUAGUGUAACGUUCACUAGAACAACCAAAGAGGCAAUGAAUAGUACUACUCAAGGAUUUAUUAGGUGGUAUACUGCCGAUCACUCUGUUAGAAGUCCUAUAAUAGUUGUAUUUAAAAAUUGAAUAAUUUUGAAUAGUGAAAUUGUUGAGCAUAUGAUUUUCAUAAUAUAAAUCAAGAGGGUGACAUUUCUAUUACAUCUUG